AUGAUCAACGGCGACGUGAGUCCCAUGUCCCCAUUAACAGUUCAGAGUGCCAAUCUCCAUGCUGGUCCUUCGGAGAGCUUGACGCACCAUAGUCAACCUUGCCUGCAAACGGGAUCUGCCCCCAGCGUCUUGGCGGCUCGGGCUAUUUUUGUUUGUUUGGUAUUUUUGGUUGGCCGGUUUGUUUAUUUUGCUGCGGAUACGCUGCUGUUACAGUACAGUGACUGUCUUCCUGAAAUACAUGGUCUCUUCCUCCGCCUCCGCCGCGGGAGGAGAUCCGCCGCCGCGCCGCGCUGCUGGCCGGGCGCGGUGGCCGCGGCGGCACCGCCCGACCCGCCGGCCGCCUCCUGUCCGGGCCCGGUCCGCCGCUCCGCCCGCCUCUGCCCGUCCGCUCCUGGCGCCUGCCUGGAUCCCCUUCUGGCUCGCUCCUCUCUCCCUGUCCUCCGUCCUUUAUCUGCCGCGCUCCCGGGCUGUACUGUCUGUCUGCGAGUCUCUACCUCUGCCUUUCUCUCUCUCCCCGCCCACGCAGCGUGGUGCGCCCCGGACCGCAGGCAGCGCCGCGCUCCGGCUCCGCCGCUCGCCGGCUCCGCGCUCGCUGCGCUCAGCGCCGCUGCCCCGGCUGCCGCACAGGACCCGCUGGCCCCGGCGCCAUUGCGCUGCCCGCCCUCACCCCACCCAGCCCCGCACACGGCCCGAGAUGCCCGCCCGUCUGUCUGUGCGUGGGGUCGCUCUGUCUGUGUCUGUCUGUCCGCCCGCCCGUGCGCCGGUGGCUUCCCGCACGCCGACCCCUCCAGUCACGUUGUUCCCCCCUCAAGCCCUCCCCGUCAGCCCAUCCUCAGCCAGGAGCACGGAGACAAAGCACCCGAGCGGGGCUAAUAAGGAGAAAGCUCGUUAAUCCCCUCCAAUUCCUUGUUAUUUGCUCCCA